AUGACUCCAAAACAUGUACCGUGCGACUCAGCCACUAUGCUGCGUGUCAUGGCGCUCUCGGGGGAAGAGGUUGCGACAAUUCCUCUCAUCGAGCUGAGCGAUGUGAAGUUCUUGAAGCAGCGGCUGAACCUGCAGCACGGCCUGCAGCCGCGUUUCAGGCAACGGCUUCUCUACAAGGGCAACACUUUAGAUGAUGCAGUCAGAUUGGACUCCAUAAUGGAUCUCGAUGCUGCUUCUGCGGCGUUUUACGAGGAGCCUGCCAAGGCGAAAAGACUCGCAGCAUCCGAGCACAUUUCCGUGGGCCAUGCGGCGUCAAAGCGGCAGCUGGAUCCGGGGGGCAGCCUACCACCACCAUGCAGGCAAAAGCUUUUCCACGAGCAGAAGAAUUCGAAUGACCCUGUCAAGCUGGACACCGUGAUGGAUCUGCAGGUUCUGAUAUUGCCAUUCUCUGCAGCUUCAAAGAGGCAGCACAAAGAGCUCCACCAAGCGGCUCGCUUGGGUCUUUUGGACGAGGUUGAAGCUCUGCUACAGCUUCCCAGGGACCCGGAUGCAGCAAUCGAUGCUUUCGGUCGUACACCGCUGAUGCAUGCAUCUGAGAGGGGCCACAUUGAGGUUGUGGAGCUGCUCUUAGAAGCUCGUGCUCAGGUGGAUCUGUGCAACAACUACGGUGGCGCAGCGCUGACGGAUGCGGCCUCCUACGGUCGGUAUCGCGUCGUUCAGUUGCUGAUAGAGGCUGGUGCCCAGAAGGAUUUGCGAAACAAUCGCGGUCGUACAGCGCUGAUGGAUGCCGCAAUCAACGGCCAUGCUCAAGUCGUACAGUUGCUGCUGGAGUCUGGUGUUGACAAGGAUUUGUGCGACGAUUUAGGCCUCACCGCACGAAUGAUGGCACAAUCAAAGCAACACGAUGAAGUGCAGCGAUUGCUGGAGUCCGAGGAUGCUGCAGAUCGGCAAGAACAUGUGCUCAAGCCGUGCGAUAGUGGCCUUGAUAAUUCGAAUCGGGUUUUGGGUCAUAAUAUCAAUGCGGUAGCUACAGUCAGGAACCCCAAGGAAUAA